AUGGUGAAGAUCUUUGCGACAACUUUUAUUGGCAUCGGUGCGAUUAUCCAGCACCUGCAUCAUGCUCAAGUGUCCGGUCAAGGCUUUGACAAGAAUGAAACUUCCAGCUCCCCGGAUAUCUCACCCGUCGUAACACCAACACUUGUGCCCGUGGACAACGACGCCGCCCCUGACACUAGUGAUAUUGGCGGUGCAAACUCUUCGGUGUCAGCAGAUCAAUCAGCUCCAAAUUUUGGUGGCAGCAUCUCCUCUGGAUUUCAAGCUCUUGAACCGCCCAGAUAUCUCCUCGAACACACUGAAGCGAUGAUGGGACUGUGUCCGCCCAAGUACCUCGAUCCAUCAGUGAUCAAGAAGCGUGCCAUACCGACGAACAACUGGUGGGGCAACAUCAUCGCACACGACUCGAAUGUGGUCAUUCAACCCAUUUGGUCUAAUCCAUACUCGCUACAGAUGGUCGCUGACAAGGCACCUUUUGGUAUGUCCGCGAGUUACCCGUAUCGUAACCGCUUCAGUGGUGGCAGCUCCGGCAACAAUGGUGCCGUCAAGUACUAUGCACACGGCAUGGUUCAAGAGUUUUUGUUUUCGGCUGAGGAGACCGUAUGGCAGAAGCCUCACUUCCAAGUUGUCGACUGGGCUGAUCAAGGAGUGACCGUAAAGUUUACUGUCAGCUCCUCCGGUGGAAGCAUGGUGUCGGACCUUGUUUCUGGCAUGGUGUACGCCUCAAUGAAGUACUCGGGUCUCACUCCGCGACUAGUGUCCAGUGCGGCAAUCUCUAGCAUCAAUGGCCAUCCGCUUGGUGGUCAAGUGCGUGGUUCCAAGUUCCAGAUCGUCUAUAACUCCGGCCAGAAGUGGGUAGUCUACGCACUAUCGAGCGACGGUCGUAGUGAAAAGGAGAUUACUCUAACUGCGGACGGCACAUUCGCUCUCAAGAGUACGGGUGUGUUCGACGGCAUAUUGCGCGUUGCUCUCGUGCUCGAAGAUUCUUGGUUGAGCACGCUCGACCAGCACAAAUCAUGCAUUGUACAAGCAGCGAACGUUGACAUUUGUGACGACAGCUCCUAUGCGUUCAAGUGGAAAACGAUGGGAGAUUGUUCCAGUGGUCUGUUGCACUUUGCAAUGAAGCACCAUGCCGAGACCAUAGACAAGAGCACCGGAGUCCGAGAAGUGGACGGCAUGGUGGCCUUUUCGACAACCCGGGGCGCCUAUCAGGCUUUCACGACGCCGGCCGGAUCAGCCGAUCCAGUAUGGGAGAUCAAGGAGACGCAGCAGGUACCUGAAGACUUUUAUCCGUCUCGCAAAAUUGCAUCGAACGUGGCUCAGCAGCAGCGUAUCGCCGAGCACCUGCGUGAAGACAUCAACAGCGCCUGGUCCAUCCCGCUCGAUGGCAGCUAUUACUUCAACGGAAAAGCUGCGCAAAAGUAUGCGUCGUUGUGUCUGAUUGCGAACGACGCGGCGAUCGUGGGAGAUGACAAGAAUCUGCUGAACACGUGUCUGGAUAAGCUUCGGCGUGUGAUGGCACCGUUCGUAACCAAUAGUUGGAUUCACAAGCUUCAAUACGAUCAGAUCUACGGUGGCAUCGUGAGCUCGCAGGGUUUCAAGACGAAGGACAUGAAUUCGGACUUUGGCAACACCAUGUACAACGACCACCACUUCCACUACGGCUACUGGGUGCACACGGCGGCCAUCAUCAACCGCCUGGACCCCAACUGGAGCGAUCUCAGCAAACUUAACACCAUGGUCAACCUGCUGGUGCGCGACGUCGCCAACUUUGACCCAGAAGACAAGUUUUUUGCACGAUUUCGCUCGUUCGACUGGUUCCGAGGCCACUCGUACUCGCACGGUGUCACUCCGUUUGCUGAUGGCAAGGACCAGGAAAGCACGUCAGAGGACGUCAACUUCGCUUUUGGCAUGUAUAUGUAUGGCAAGGCCACAAACAACGCGGGCAUGGAGACCGUUGGCAAGCUCAUGACGCGCGUCAAUGCGCACGCCAUCAAGACGUACUUCCUUAUCGAGGACGCAAACCAAAUCCAUCCGGUCAACUUUCGUCCCAACAAGGUCACCGGUAUCUUCUUCGACAACAAAGUGGACUAUGCGACAUGGUUCAGCGCCGAAAAGUACUGCAUCCACGGCAUCCAGAUGAUUCCCGUGUCGGCUGUGACUGAGUUUGUGCGCACAAAGCAAUUCGUGAAGGAGGAGUGGGAGCAGGUGCUGGGCAAAGAGGCCAUCGUCAAGCGUGAGGACACGGGCAACGCGUGGCUUUCGCUUCUGUAUACCAACUUUGCCAUGGUGGACAAGCAGCGCGCAUUGGGCGUUCUCCAGAAAACCAAGAUGGACGACGGUCUAUCUCGAUCGUGGGCGCUUUACAUGGCCGCCAGCUUUGCUGCGUGA